CCGCCCUCCUCCUUUGCCUCCUCCUCUCUUCCAAUCCAUCCCUCUACAGCAGCAGCAGCAAAGGCAGGCCAGCAUCCAUCUCGAGGCUAUCUAGCUUCCUUCCUAGGGUUGGUGCGCUACCUAUCUUGGAUAUCAAGCCUUGAUAACCCUCGAUCGAUCGACCGAUCGCUCGCUCGCCUUUUGUGAGUCCCUCCGCCUCGGUUGGUGGUGGUGGUGGCCGGAUCAGGUUACUGUACUGGUGCAGAUCAAUAUAUCGAGCGAGGGCGCGCGCGGUCGAGGAGGAGGAGGAAGAAGAAGAGCUAGGUAGCUUGAGGCGGAGGCGGCGGCGGAAGAUAGAUGGCUGUGUCGGCUGGCGGCGGCGGCGCGGCGGGGCAGUUCGGCGACACGACGCUGACCAAGGUGUUCGUGGGAGGCCUCGCGUGGGAGACGCAGAAGGAGGGGAUGAGGGGCUACUUCGAGCAGUUCGGCGACAUCCUCGAGGCCGUCGUCAUCACCGACAAGAACACCGGCAGAUCCAAGGGCUACGGAUUCGUUACAUUCCGUGAGCCGGAGGCCGCCAUGAAAGCUUGCUUUGAUCCGUACCCGGUGAUCGACGGGAGGAGGGCUAACUGCAAUCUUGCGUAUCUUGGAGUCCAGAGGUCCAAGGCAGCAGCAGCCUCUCUGCAACCUUAUGGUGGUCAUAUGAGGGCAAUGAAGUCCAUAAUUCAGACAACCGGUGGUGGUGCCAGCUUGAGCAUGGCAGAUCAUGGCAUCCAGCAAGGGAUCCCAACCUACAAUGUGUAUGGGUACUCUCCAUAUUUCUCGGAUUACGGCUAUCCGCUGAACUACUAUCAAGCGUACGCUGGGCUUGGAGCUCAGUACCAGAUGUUCGCCGGUGGCGCCGGCGCGGCGGGGCUAACAAUGGCGAAUCCUACCGGCGGCGGUCUCUACUCGCCGUACUUCCAGUACGGUCCGGCGGCGAGCGCGGCUGCUGCUGCCGCCGGGUACGCCGGGAUGCAGUACCCUCAGAUGUACCAGUACGCGGCGGCGGCCGUCGGCGCACCGACGGCGACGACGGCCAGCCUGACCGCAGUGGCCGGGCUCCCGCAGUACGGUGGCACUGUGGCUCUCGCUCCUAAUUCUACCGGCCAAGCAGCAGGAAUGACAAUGUCUCUGACGGCUCCAACUCUGCCGGCACCAGCACCACAGUACCAGUACAGGCUCAUUUCUUCCCAAGUCGCUGCAGCUCCAGAGAAGCCAUUGGCCUAGAAAACCAUGGCUGCCUUAACCCUUAUCUCCAUCCAUUAUACAUGAUAUCUUCUUCCUUUCCAUACUUGUGUCAGUCACAUAUCUCAUAUGCAUACCACUGUCCUAUCACUUUACUGCAGUACGCUCCAUGCAUCUGUCUGCAGUUCUGCACGUACGUACUUACUCUUAGCUCAUCACGUAUUUACUGAUUAAUUAAACUGAUGCUAAUUUACCCCACUUUUGGGUUGAGUGGUGUAUUUGGCAUGCUAACAGAAGGACUGUGGCAAGUCCAAUUUUGCAUUGUGUAAUCUGGUCUAGCAGUUAAGUUCUCUCUUCUUCAUUAGAUGAACGCUACAUUAAUUUUUUAUAAGAAAAAUCUCCCUCUGCAAGUGUCCAGUUGUGUCGUCCAGUCUAGUACACAAGUAAUUAACCAUCAUGCAUGUAUAGGUCACAGGUUAGUUAAUUAGCAUCUUAGCGGUCAUAUUAGCUUCUAGGAAAAAAGUUUUGUUGUGCCUUGUACUCUUAAGGAAGAGAGUGCAGGGGAAUAUAUGUGGUAGAGUCGCUGCUGAUUUUUCAUAUGCAGCUUUAGUUCUCAAUAUGUCUCCACAGAAGUUUAUGGGGGCUACUGAAAGAGUUCAAUUAAUUGUGCAUUAAUCCGUAGUACGUAGUCACAUAUACAUCUUCAGUUUUUUUUCUUGUACACUAACUAGGUCAGGGUCCUUCAUUAAUUAAUUCCCAUUAGCUUCCAUUAAGUCCUUCAUCUUGGAUCUCUUCCACUCCUUUUCACCAUCUCCUUGAUCACUCCAUGCAUUAAGGCAGCAGCAAUAUGCAUUAUGCAUAUAUGGUUAGGCAGGCCAAGACAUCAGAUGAAAAAUUAAUUGACGGAGAAAGAAGCCAUUACCAGAUCGACAUAUAUACUACAUCAAUUCUCCAAUGAUGCAUGUAACAAAUUAAUUGUAUGGACUAUAUGUAGCUUCCUUCUGAGAAGCUAAUGUACCACGCUUAUCUGCAACACAUUUACAUGAACUACUCUCUGCUAAAUGGCAAACUUCUACACAGCAUGCAGCUACCAGAUCGCAGCUGCAUUGAUGUAUCUCUUAGUACUUAGCCUGCAUGCAAAUGUUUUGUGUGUAAGCGCCAAUAAUAAUAUAUAUCAUGCAUACUUGAUAA